AUGCGCACAUACCCGGAUGCAACGCAGAAUAAGCGGCCAUAUUUGCUCAGUGUAGUUGAUAAAGCAUGAAACAGGAAGGAGUUUAACUUUCUGAAUUGCUGUGAAAUUUACUGCAAAUGGAUCGUCAGCAGGGUAGAAAACCUAUGAGGAGGGUGAGGGAUAGUCCUGAAAUGCAGCGAAUGCCAGAUCGAGAUAGAAUGAGCCCUGGGAGUGACAGGUAUGAUGGUAGGGGAGGUGCAAAAAUGGGAGGGCGAAUGAGGAGCAUGGAGAGAGAUGACGGUGGCAGGCGUGGGACCGGCGGCGAUAGGCGUCCACCACCCCGCGAUGACUAUGAUCGCCCGCAGAAUUAUGAUCGUCCUCAAAACUUCCAAAGUGAUGGCUUUCAGAGGAAAGAACCAGAUUGUUUAAGAAUCACAAAUUUCCCUUCUCAUGUUUCUGAUACAGCAAUUAGAGAUGCUCUUUUUCAUGAAUUUAAGAAAUAUGGUGAAGUAAAUGUGCGUGUUGUGUUCAGUCAAGCAAAAAAUGAGCGGAUUGCUUAUGUGAGAUUUAGACUACCAGAUCAGGCUAGAGAUGCAAUGCAAGCUCGUGGUGAUCGUCUUACAUUGUUUGCAAGACCGUUACACAUUGUAGCAAUUGUAAAUAAAACAAAUCAUAAUCAGGGGCAAGGGCAUGAUGGUGGUUACAUGAAUAAUAGACAAAAUGAUUUUCAAGGGAGACGUGGUGGAAUGCAAGGAAAGAAUUACAGGCAGGAUAUGGGCAGUAGUGGUGGUGGCGGCAGAGGAAGAGAUAGAGAUUUUAAUCGAUAUGAAUCAAAUUCCCGUAACUAUGGAAAUGAUGGGUAUCACCAAAAUCAAGGUCGUGAUAGAGACCGUGAUGCAACAUUUUUGCCUGAGGAUGACCCAAAGGCUACACGUACAGUGUUUUGUGGUAACUUGGAAGAUGGUAUCCAAGAAAGUGAGAUAAGAAGGCAUUUUGAGAGAUAUGGCUUUGUUGAAGAAAUUGACAUCAAGUAUCCACCUCGAGGCCAGGGAAAUCCUUUUGCUUUUGUGAAAUUUGAAAAUUUGGAUAUGGCUUAUAAGGCAAUAAUCUCUAUGUCUGGCCAGUACAUUGGGAGGAAUCAGUGCAAGACAGGAUAUGGAAAACAGUCUCCAACAAAUUGUCUAUGGGUUGGAGGUUUGGGGCCUUGGAUCACAUUGGGUGUGCUGGAAAGAGAGUUUGAUCGCUUUGGAGCAAUUAGAAAGAUUGAUUAUAUUAAAGGUGAUUCAUUUGCGUACGUCCAGUAUGAAACUGUAGAAGCAGCCCAGGCAGCUGCCAGCCACAUGCGUGGUGUUCCUUUAGGAGGACCAGACAAACGACUUCGGGUAGACUUUGCUGAACAUGGGCCUGGCAUCCAGACAACUAAAAAGCAGUUUAGACCAUACCAAGGACCACCCAACCAUGAUGAUGGCUCAGGUGGCAGAGGCUACAAUCGUUACAAUCAAGACAGAGAUAUUGGUCGAGAUAUUUCACCUCCAUCAUUUCGUGAUGGAUCUGAUCAGUGGCAAGGAGGGGGAGGAGGUUUUGAUGGAGGUCGUGGGAACUGGCAGUCUGGUAGUCGAUACAAAAAUGAUAACUGGAACCGAAGGGACAAUGACCAAUCAGGAAGAAUGAUGCAACGAGGUGAUAAUCGUAGAAGGCGAAAUGGAUCCCCUGAUGAUUUCGCUGGUAGGGAUGACUGGUCACCAAGCAAUGUGAAAGCAUCUAAGCGCCGUAGGUCCCCUGGUGGUGAUUGGUCUCCUGAGCGAAGGAAACCUAGAGAUUCUUCACAUGGGCGUGAUUGGGAUGCUUCACCAGAUGGCCGUGUACGCCGUCAACGAUCCAUAAGUAGUGAUCUUUCUGACCAGGAUUUUGGUAGUCAACCCAUGGAACGUCGUCGAAAGCGAGGUAGUAGGCGCUCCAGAAUUCCAGAUAGUUUAGAUAACUUGUCUGAUCUUCUAAAUUACUUACCAAUGUCUUGGAGAGGUCAUUUGGUGUUGAAGAACAGUGCAUUUGCUACUCGCAUGUUUUUGGUAGGAGGAGAUGCAGACACUGCUGAAGCUCUGCUGCCACAUGACUUAGGAAGUGAUGAGUCUGCCUUGAGGAUCACACAGCGCUUACGUUUAGAUCAACCUAAGCUUGAUGAAGUGGGCAAAAGAAUCUCGCAAGCUGGAUCUAGUGGUCAUGCAAUUUUGCUUUCUUUCGCUGGAACAAGUGAAGAUUCAGACUCUUUACCAUCUGGAACCCAGGCACGUGCCUUGGUGAACUUGGUUACUUACCUUCAGCAGAAGAAAGCUGCUGGAGUUAUCAGCCUACCAGUUAGUGGAGAGCAAAAUAAGGAUAACGUUGGUGUCCUUCAUGCCUUUCCACCAUGUGAAUUCAGUCACAAGUACCUUCUUGAUAUUGCUCCUGGUUUAGGCCCAGAUCCUUGCAAAGAGGAUCAUCUUGUUGUGAUCAUUGUGAAGGGGGCAGCAUAGGUUUUUAAUAUGUUUUUAGAGUAAUUUAACUAAAUAAUUUGCCUUGGUAUGUAGUGUGUAAAGUUAUAGAAUUAGAAAUGAAUAAAAAAAUAAAACUUCUUAACAUUCAAUUGGGAAUCUUUUCAUGCAUGUACAUGCACACUUGUAUUUGUCAUAUUUCAGAUAAGAAUGCUUGGCAAAAUUGUGUAUAUUUUGUAAUUAGUGAUGAAAUAUCUUAUGCAAUUGUUUUAAAAUGUGUGAUUGAUGAAGUAUUAGGAAGUAGAUUAUAACAAGUUGUUUAUUAUGUUGAAGUAACUUUGUACUGAUAUUUGCAUCCCGAUGAGUCAACCCCUAAACAUGGCCUAAAUGGCAGGACAGAAAUCAAAAACGUAUUCUACUUUGUGAAUUCAAAAUCAUUUUUCAAUAAUACUUUAUUUUCAGUACUGUUAUUUGAACUUUUUAAGCCUAUUUCUAUUUUGUUGAAUAAUAUUUCUGUGUUACAUUAUCAUUGCUAAUAUGAUUUCUAGCUUAAAAGAAAUACAGAUCCGGUCAGUGAUUUUUGACAAUACUGAAUAUUUACCCUGAACUUGACUUUACACUCAGCCAGAAUAAAAGAAAUCUGCCUAUUCAGCUCUUUUCGCAUUGGCUGUUAUAGAGUAAAAGUGAAACUAAGAUCCUAUGGGAUUUUUUAUCCUAGAGUUACAUGUGAAAAACAAAAAUUUGAUGACCAUAACCAUUGCAGUUUGUGAUCAAAUAUGUAAUGUUCAUUUCUACUGAAAUUCAUGAAAUUGUAAAUGGAAUAUUUCAUAGUCCCCUGUACAGUAUAUCCUUUUCAUCAAGACAGCGUAUAUGAGACAACAUGUAUAUUCAAUGAGUUUUUUUUCUAUUAAUUAAAUUAUCGCAAUUUGAAUUUUAAAUGCAUGACAAUGUAAUUUACUCUUUUACUCUCAGCAUAAUUAUUUUUUGGGAUACACUAAAUGUAGUACAUGUAUGCGAGUUGGGCAUACUUUUUCUUCAUGAAAGAACUUCUUACUGUUUGUUGCAUAACUGGCACUCUAAAGAUAAGCAACACACAAAAUACUUGGUUUGCAAUGGCCAUCGAUGGGCGCUCUUUCAGUUCAUAAAAUGGACAAGCUUGCAUCUCAUUUUGUAGCAAGGCCAUCAUGACCGGAUCAGUUGUUGAAUGGGAAUGUCUUCAAGUUGUAGCAACUGGUGAAAUGGAAUUCUGCAAUGAUUGCCCUCCCAAAUGCACGCUCCCCAUUUCCAUUAGCUACCUGUCAAAUGCACCUUAAAAUAUCUUGAACAAUUUAUCUUAUGGGCUCAGUUCAGUUACAAAUCUGUCACAUCCCUUCUCUGAAAAUGUUCCUGAUCCACCACUCCUCUAUCCUCAUACUGAGAAUAAAGCUUCAAAUUUGCAGCCAUGACAACAAUUCCAAUCUCCACUGAUGAUUGAGAAGCUGAAUUUUGAAGGAGAAACCUCAAAUGUGUGCCAACAAUCAUGUUUGCUAUUUGCUAUAAGGAGUGCUUCAACUGAACAAAGCUGUGUUUUUUCGUGAAAAAAAACUUAACAAGAAGGAUCACUGAAAGGAAAACCAAACCAUUUUGUUAUGGAGAGGAACAUGAACCAUUAUUGUGGUGAACUGAAUGAAAUAUUUAUGUGUUUUGACUUGGUGCAUUUGUUUUAUAAUGUGGAGCCAUAUUUAUCCUCGGAGGAUCAAAGUGAACUUUUGCUUGUGCUUAUAAUCAAAAUGGAUGUCUGUGAACUUGCUGUGAACUGGAGGAUAAAAUUGCUUUUUGUCUGAUCAUCCAUGUUGCUCAUAAUCGCUGAUGAGCAUUCACCUUUAGAGGAAUCACAAUUAUAUCCAUCAUGAGGAGACCCUCUGACAUCUCACAUUCAAGGAUUAACUGUACAUCGGGAUAAAUGGACAUAGAAUUUAAGAAAUUAUAUUGCUUGACUAUAGUAUACAUGUAUGUAAGUGAUUGCUUUACAUGUUUUAUCAUAGGUUUGCAGUCACUCUGUGAAAGAGCAUAUACAUGAACUCCUGUUAGUCCUGUAUCCUACAAUGUACAUGUAGAUCUCUGUUGAUGGUACUUAGUACUGAUUACAAUAUACUAAAAAGUGUUUGUAUUGUACAUGUAAGAUUAAACACUUUCAUAAUUUACAUAUAUUAUUCAAUAUUUCAAUCAUACUGAGUAAACCACACAUAGUUCAAAAUAUAAAAAUGGAGGAAAAAUGUAUGCAUACCAUUGAUAUCUUGUGUUAACUUGUAGGGCCUACAUGUAUAUAAUCUCAUGCAUAUAAAACUAUGUGAUUUUCCUUUUCUAAGUUUUACAUAUUUGAAGCAUAACUGCUCUGCUUCACUGACAAAAAAUAUGGAUCUGAUUCACAAAUAAUAUACAUUGCUAAUUGAGAAAGUCCCUAAGAGAGAAAAAAAUGUAAAUUUGUAUUCAACAUUAUAACAUAUCUUUUAAGGUCAAACCUUUGAAAAUAAAAUGUUUUGAGAAUACACGUACAUGUGUUAUUAGGUGAAAAAAAAAGAGAACAAAUGUUUUUGUAAUUUGUACACUGUAUAUUUUUGUGUCAACUGUCAGCAUAACAUAGACAUGUACCGUAAUGGGGUAAAUAAUGUGAUCAUGUUUAUGUGUAUUGCAUAAAGCGUUGCAGAUCAGUGUCUGAAAAGUUUAUAUUUUUAUGUACCUUAUUUACAUGUAAAUAUUCAAAUAAACUACAUGCAUUACAAUGAAGUGGAUAAUAACUGUACUUGUUGACAAUCAUUUGUAUACAGUUUUGUAGACAUGGGUUUAGACAUGUUGAAAUUGAAAUAGUUUGCAGACAGUGGGUUAUUUUAAAUCAGAUGUAUUAAAUACAAAUUAAAAAAAAAGAUUUGCUUCAAGAAAGGCAAUUUAUUCAAUAGUACAGUUUUAUGCAACUUUCACAACAACAAUGUUUGCUUGAGUUAGCAGUUAUUUUUGAUUUGCUAUUAAAAAAGUAUGUAAUUCCCUACUUGUCUGCAGGACAGUUAACUGACAUUUUUGUUUUAAAUCUUGAUUUUACAUGUAAGUGUAUUCAUAUAUUGCAGAAAAUCCUAUCCCAAUAGGGAAAUUUUUUUCUCAUGAGUGUAAACUUGUUAUGAAUAUGUCAUUUACAUAAUUGCAUUAAUGUAUAUUUUGUGAAUUAGUUAAUGCUAUCUUUUUUAUUGUUUUUGUCUUGUGAAAUUAGUUUUAAUAGGGUCUUGCAGAAAGUUUCCAAUAUAUUUUCUUGACUGUUUUGAUUGUAGACUGACUAAAAUUGUACCUUGACACAGAUGUACCUGCAUGUACUAAUAUGGUGGUGCAUAAUAUAUGUGUAGUCAUGUUGGUUAGAAAAGGACAAAAUCCAUAAGAGCAAAUGCAUCCAAGUGUUGAAAAUGAACUGUUUGAUACAUAUAAUUUUGUUAACUGAAGAUUGGGCAUGUUCUUGUGCUUUCUACUAGAAUGAUAUACUGUACAUUCAAGUUGAAAAAGGUUGUACAUUGUAUUGAAGCUACAUGUAUGUUUAAACAUAUAAGAUCAAUCAAAACAUAACAAUAUUUUAGCUUCUUAUUUUUAGAUGUAACAUGAUUUUGAUUUUUGCAAGAAUAGUCACAGCUCAUUUGUCUGAUUAAAUAUCAUAAAUAUAGUUGUACAUGUGCACAUAAA